AUGAAUAAUAAAAUUACUUGCUGUCUGCUUCUUGUCGCUCUCGUUGCAGCUGCUACAGCAUACAAUCCUUGCUGUUCUAAUCCCUGCCAGCAUCGGUCUAUCUGCAUGACCAAAGGUUUCGACGAUUAUGUAUGUGAUUGCACGCGAACAGGAUAUUACGGGAAAAAUUGUGAAAUACCGACCCUUAGGCAGCGAAUAAUAAAUUUCGUGAAACCGACUCCAGAUACAACGCAUUAUCUUCUCACUCAUUUUAAAUGGUUCUGGUCAAUCUUGAAUCGAAUAGGUUUCAUUCGAGGCUAUCUAAUGACGUAUAUUUACAAAUCUCGAGGAUUUUUUGUCGAUAGUCCACCGCUUUUAAAUUCUGAUCAGACUUACAUACAUCUAGACGCUUACUAUAACACCUCCCAGUACACAAGAGUUUUGCCUCCUGUCCCUAAGGACUGUCCAACUCCCAUGGGUGUUGCUGGUCCCAAAGUUCUUCCUGACAUUGCCAAAAUAGGAGAAAUCUUUAAGCGAAAACAAUUUAAACCAGACCCAAUGGGAACCAAUUUAUUGUUUGCCUUCAAAGCCCAGCAUUUUACGCAUCAGUUCUUCAAGACCGAUCUCCAAAGAGGACCAGCAUUCCAAUGGGGAAAUCAUGGCGUCGAUUGUAGCCAGAUCUACGGAAAGGAUUUACAUGAACAGAAUCUUUUAAGAUCAUUCAAGGACGGGAAAAUGAAAACUCAGAUUAUUAAUGGAGAGGAGUGGCCACCGAGUGUAAAGGAUGCCCCGGUUACCAUGAGGUUUAAUGAAAGAAUUGAUGAAAAUUAUCGAUUCGCCGUAGGCCACGAAUUUUUCAAUCUCGUUCCUGGAAUAUUGAUGUGGUCGACUAUCUUUCUACGUGAACACAAUCGUGUCUGUGAUCUUCUGAAAAAAGAACACCCCGAAUGGGGCGAUGAACAACUCUACCAAACAACCAAACUUAUCAUUAUAGGUGAGACCAUAAAAAUAAUUAUUGAAGAAUACGUGGAUCAUUUGGGACAUUAUGGUUUAGACCUUCUCUUUGACCCGGAACUCUUGUUUAACCACCAGUACCAAUAUCAGAACCGGAUCGCUCUUGAAUUCAAUUUUUUGUACCACUGGCAUCCCCUGAUGCCUGACAACAUUCACAUCAAUGGAUCAACCUAUUCAAAUCGCGAUUUCUUGUUUCAUCCCGAGGUUCUCGUGAAGCACGGUAUGAAUACCUUUGUCGACGCCAUGUCCCGGCAGGUGGCAGGUCAAGUAACCCAUCAUAAUCAUGGAAUGGCUACUCUUCAUGUCGCCUUGAUGACUAUCCAACAUGGCCGAGAACUCCGUUUGCAAUCAUUCAAUGAGUAUCGGAAGAGGUUCAAUCUUCCACCUUUCAAAUCAUUCCGGGAACUUACUGGCGACAUUGAAACUGCAGAUUAUUUGGAAGCCUUGUACGGCGACAUAGAUGCUGUGGAGUUUUACGUUGGAAUUAUAGCAGAAAAGCGACAGUACAAGUCUCCAUUUGGACAAACCAUGAUUGAAAUGGGGGCACCAUUUUCCGUCAAGGGACUCCUAUCGAAUCCGAUCUGCAGCCCGGGUUGGUGGAAACCGUCAACAUUUGGCGGAGAGACUGGCUUCAACCUAAUUAAAACCCGGACAAUGAAAGAUCUGUUCUGUGAUAAUAUAAGCGGUGACUGCGGUUUAGUUCGAUUUCGUAUUCCCGACUGGACGGAGGAGAAGGAAGACGCAAUGCGAGAGGCAGAAUUGGCAGCUGGUCUGCAAACUUCAGUCAAAGUGGCGUCUCGCUCGGACGCCGUUAAAACUAUUCUAAUUCUCUUCUGUCUCUCUCUUCCGUCUGCCUCUUCCGUCUCUCUCUUCCGUCUUUCUCUUACGUCUGCAUCUUUCGUCCGCUUCUUCCGUCUCUCUCUUCCGUCUCAACGCUCGCCCGUCUGUUUUUCAGCAUAA